GAUCGGGACAUGACCGCAGAUUGAAAACCUGCCCAGCUGCCCAGAACCCCCUGCCCAGAAGGCCUGAAGUUCAAAAAUGGCUCAUACACAUCGCCAAUGCAGCAUUGAGAUUGAGAACACCUCUAUUUUCAUCCUGUGCAAUGAGAGGUCUCACAGUGUCAGUGGAUUCUGUGAUAUUCCUCUGCCUUCGAGACUCGACCCGUCCAAAGUAGGCAGUGGUCGCUUCGUCAAGACUCCCGACACAGCCUGUGGGGCUGUGGGCGUCUUCACCUAUGACAUCUACCAGGAAUUCGAAGAUCAGUACAUCGGAAAAAUAGCUGUGAUGUUCUCUAAUCCGUAUGACUUUGCUGUCUAUUCUAACUGGUACGCAGUGGGAGUGUUCAGCAUGGAAAAGCUCUGUGACCAUGAGCUGUAUAAGGAGAUGUAUUACGAGGAAAAUAUGGGAUUUGUCAAGGGUAAAGCCUCUGAGGGCAGUCUCACUUACAGGGGCUCUUCAGUGGCCAUUACUGCCAAUAUGUCGGACAGCUACGAGCCUGUCCUCAAGGUCCAGGUCUACAACGACUGACACCAGGGGUGCAUUCAAAUUCUAGCAUCAAAGCAGUGUUGCAACACCUAUGGCGGUGUAACAGUUUCAGAGCAAAUUAUUUCAAUUCAUAUUACAUUUAGUUAAUUUGAAUUCAGUUCCAAACAAAUACAUUCAAUUUCAAAUGAUGCUGUUCAGAUUCAGUUUUUCACUGCAAUAAACCCCUUAGAGCCCUAGGCUAUUUUCUGUGUAAUUUUACUACCUUUAAGCUCUUGAUAAUUGUA